AGAAAGGAAUGGAAAAGCACAGGUUGGUGUACCGAACGGGAUUCCUGCUCCAGUUAAUUCCACACCCUUCUUUUCUCAGAGACACACAGAGAUAUUUGCCCUGGAAUGAAGAAGGUGAGCUUGAAAAACAAGAGCAACUAAAAGAAAAUCGAACACCAGGAGACGACAGCGGAGGAGAGAAAAUGUAUUCCAGGCCCCCUCCCCUGAAUACUCCAGGCCUCCUCCUUUUUCCCUCCCUCCUGUGAACCCCUUAGCCUCUCUUUCUAUCUGUCGUUCCCUCCCCUCCCAUCUCCUCAUGCGGUUGCUCGCAUACACAUGCGCCCUCUCAGUCUCCCUCUCCUUCUCUCGCUAUCUCUCCCUCUUACAGCGGUUACAGUUCACUCAGCUCUCCUUCUCUUCUCAUCCUGCCUGGCAGCUUCAUCCGUGUUCCUCCCUACUGGACGGAGAAACAUGCACAGCUUUUCCAUGGUUCCCCCUUCUGUGUGCCUCUUUUAAAAACCAAGCCCCUGACCAGCUUUUUUUCCUACUUGUCUCAGUGCUGGUCACUAUCCACUCUCCAUUGCACUUUACUGACUUUGUUACUAAACUAUCUAGCUUGACCUUUUUGAAUUUUUGUUAAAUGAUUUGCCUUUCAAUCACAAAAAUUCCAGCAUUGAAAGUGUCAAACAGACAAGGAGGAUGGAAAGCAGUCCAGACCACUGAUUGAACAGUAGGAAAUGGGCUGAUGGAUGAGUUAAAAAAAAGAGGAAAACGUGGUUUGGGAGGAAAUGCUAUGAAGUGACUGCCGUUGGGAUAGCGGAGAGGAGGAAGGACCCGGAGGAAUGAAAGAAAGAGCGAGGGGUGGCUGAGCGUGGGAUCGACGAAAUCGCGGGAAAACGAGGGGAAAAGGAGAAUCAAGGAAAGGAGAGAAGACCCGAACUGAUUGGAGUUCUUCUUUUAAUGGAAGAAAUGGCAGUUCCAUAACAAAUGAAUGCAGUGGAGCUGCAGUUUGGAAUCAUCAGUGUUAUUCCUUUGCCAAAACUGGAAUGAUGGAAAGAAUUUCAGCAUAAUUUCAGCAUCAAAAAGAAAAGCAAGAGUGCUGUUGAUAAGACUGAAGUUGUGAGCUUGUAGCAACAACGUGAUGGAGGUUGAGAAUACAGAUGGAUCUGAAAACACUGUGUCCAAUGGCAGUACCCAUCCACCCAAACGUGGCAGAGGCAGACCGCGAGGUUCACUCAAUAAGAAAUUCACUUAUGAGAAAGUGGCAACACAAAAUGCCAGGCCAUCCAAAAAGGUGGAAUUAUUUGCUCCCGAAAUAAUCAUAAGGUCCAAAGCGAAGAAGCGUGGUCGACCAAAGAAGCUCAAAAUGCGUGGCAGGCCGAGAAAGAUCCCGCUUACACCUGAGGAAGAAUCAGAGAAAUUUCAUAGGUUGAGUACACAGCGGAAACGAAAGCUGUGGAAGCCCCUUGGAAGGCCACGCAUUCAUCCUAUCAAAGGUGGUCCCAAUAUCAAAAAAGCAAGAGGAAGACCUCGAAAAAAUCAAACCAUGACAGAAUCGACAAAAAAAGAUAUACGCCAACCUAGUGUUGAAAUAAGCCUUGAUGCUGCUGAUGGCCCCCCUCCAAAGAGAGGGAGGCCAUUGGGCACAUUAAAGAAGAAGAGGGGUCGGCCUGCAGGUUAUACCAAGACUUCACCCACCAAGGUCUCAGAUUGGACCCCAAAAAAGAGGGGCCGUCCUCCAGGCUCUGCAAACAAAUUAAAGAUUGUAAAACAAGUUGACGGAACUCCAAAAAAGAGGGGGCGACCCCCAGGCUCCCAGAACAAAGUGAAGAUCAUGAAACACGCAGACGGAACUCUUAAAAAGAGGGGGCGACCCCCAGGUUCUGUAAAAAAGUUGACUGCAAAUAGGGGCGGAGAAGGUGCUCGAAAGAGAGGCCGCCCGCCAGGCUCUGGUAAAACCAGAGUUCAUGUUUCAGAUUCAGAAGAUUGUGAUCAGGGUAGCUACGCCACCCCCAAUGCCAGUGGUCAGCGUCGUAAGAGGGGCCGUCCAAAAAAAGCCACACUAACUGUAGAGAUUGAAAAAACAGAGGAAGACGAAAUGGAGAGUGAUGAACCCUCUCCCAAACAUUCCCGUAACUCGGAUUCCUCAUCGCAAAUUCCAAAUGAGACCACAGCAGAAGAAAAUGGGGCAAGUGAGAACAAUGAAGACCCAGAGGAUGAAGAAGAUGAAGAGGAUGACAACAGUGAUUCUCCAAAAGUGAAUAGCAUAAGUGAGAUGGGAGAGGCAGCCUCUUCUAGGGUGCAGUCAGGUAAAUUAAAAAAAUAAGGGGCAUCAUUGAAAUUUGGUGGGUAUAUUUUUGGAUGGGUUUUAAUAGGAUACGUCAAUAAAUAUGCGCACUAUCUUUUAUGCCAGACUGUGCCGAGUGCAUUUUAAUCUACUCACUUUGAAAGGAGUAUUAAAGGAGUAGAUUACCCCAAAUAAAAAUUCUGUCAUUUAACCACUCGCAUGUUGUUCCAAACUUGUAUGACUUUCUUUCUUACAUGGAACACAAGAGGAGAUGUUGGGAAGAAUGAAAGUCGCACAGGUUUGGAGCAACAUGAGGGUAAGUAAAUGACAAAAUUUUCAAUUUUGGGUGAACUAUCCCUUUAACUAAUGAUUCUGAGUGAGCACAAUGAUUGGCUUGUAAGGUCGUUGUUUUUGUUUGUUUUUUUGCAUGGGAAAAGUAUUUUGUCUGCUUAAAAAUUUGUAGCAUGCAAAAUAGGUCAACUGGGUAGCCAGUUAACGUCAUGGGAUCCCAAAAAACAAACAAACAAAAAAUGGUUAGCAUUUGCUAACAAUGGCUUGUGCCAAUAAUUUCAAAGCAACUACCAAACAAGACCGUUUCAACUGGAGUAACUUCCUGUGCAGUAGUCCAUUUGCACAGGAGUUCAAUAUGUUGGAGGCUGAUUUAAAUUUUUGUUUGCCCAAAUCGGACUGGUAAAGGAAUUUAAUCGACACAGUAGUUGCUUGGGGGGGGUGGUUGGGCUCAGUGCAUCUUUGUAGUAGUUUUACCUAUUUUUUUAAACAAACCUUUUAUCAUUGUCAGUUCAUUCAUUCUCUGUAAAAUUACAAAAUGAAGCCAGAGUUCAGUGUUUUAUAGUGAAGAAGUCCUAUUUUCAUUAUUAAAUAUUUGUCUGAUAAAUUGGUCAUUUAUAGAUGUUCAUUUGGCUGAAAUAUUGUGACUGCUUUAUUUUUAAGACAUGCUAUUGUUUGUGAAUGCACUCAAAUUCUGCUUGAACAAUUGUCUUGUUGAUCAAUUUGAUUCAAAAUUGUCUUUUUUGAAUCCGUUUCUUGUUCUGUCUUUUUGUACCGUUUUCAUUUAACUGCAUUUUUUCUUCAUUUGCUUUGGUUUUGUUAAAAAAAACAGAUAGACAUGAUAUGAGCGAUACGUCUUUUUGAUUAUGUUGUUCAUGUAUUUCGUUUUUAAUCUUUAUUUACCAAUAGAUGAUGAUAACAGGCUGUUUUAGGUGAGAACACAAUUACGGUUUAGCCAUUAUGAAUUAAUUUACAUUAAGUACAUGUACACAUGCUUUCUAAAUUAGGUUCCUCAUGUGCUGUAGUACAAAACAUUUCUCUAUCGCUUUGUAUAAUUAAUUUCUCUUUGUGGUUUUGAUAAAGUGUUGCUGAUUUAUUAACCAAGUAAAACAUG